AUGUCUUCAAUGAUAGUCAAUGGGCGGUACCCUCCUGUUAACGGCUCUACCCUAAACGAUGUAACCUCUGAAGAACGCUCAAGCGCCAUCGACUUCGUCAACCGUCACAACUUUGUAUUCGAAGAAUUCGACCAUGCCAAAAUGAUUGACACCUUCCUCCCAAAUGCUACCGUUUACCAUAGUCAUGAUGGAGGUGUGAUCGUGCGGUAUCAAGAGACCCUUGUCCGUUAUGGUUGGCCGGGUGAUGACACGGCUGGAUUCACUCGAAAGGAUGUGGUCAGAGAGAACGGAUUGCCAGCCAUAUGGUGGAUUGGAACCAACAUUGAUCGGCUCCGAAUGACAUCCAACGGCUGGAAGAUUUAUGAGCGGUAUCUUGGGACACCUUUCAGGAAUGGCGCUCUCGAUCUUGAUCGUGCGCCUGAGAAGGUGUCAGCUGUGUGA